GAGGAGCUUCUGGGCGCCUGCGUCCGAUGCAACUUCGCUGCUUUUGCAGUGGAGGGAGUCCAGCGCGUCCGAAGAUCCAGCUCGCGACAUCGGAUCAGAUCGUGGGCUUUACUGUCAAAGAGUACAAGGGCCUGGUGAUGGGCUCAACUGUGCGGGCCAAAGAUGUGACGAAGGAUUUCGCAAGCUCCAUACGCGCGGUUUUUGGCGGAGAGCUCCCACACUACACGCAGCUGAUGCAGGAUGCGCGUGAAGAAGCAAUAUCCAGGAUGGAGGACGAGGCUGCAAAGCUGGGCGCGAAUGCCGUGAUCAGCCUGCGCCUUUCAUCCACCAACAUCGCCGCCACCACCUCCGAAGUGAUGGUCUACGGCACCGCUGUCGUGGUCGAGUGA